UUCGGGGACGCAGCGGUGGCACAGGCAGUGCAUUUUCUGCUCGUCCACAACUACCCAGAAACCUUUUGUUUGUGCCACAUUCCCAGCAUCUGGAUUUGAAAUAGCCGAGCAUCCUCUUAGAUACUCCUCAUCAGUGUUGUUGUAUUUGAAGGAACUUUUUGGAAGCAGAAAAACAGGUAAGGUGGUGUUACGCUUGUGUAUUGGUGUCCUUGAGCGCGCUCCGGUUUUUUUUCUUCCACUGGAGCCAUGCUAGAGUAUUUGCCCUUGUGUUUUUAUGAUUAUUAUUAUUUAUUUUUUUUGUAGCAGCUAUCGGAUAUUCAGCUGUCUUGACCGAUAUCUGCUUAAGUUGAGCGGUCAGUUUACGCAGCCCGGCCGGUGCAGGCAGCGUUCAACCACGAUGGAAAGCGGCGUGGUGCACAUCUACAAAGAGGACAGGUGUCCCUCGGGACAGCCGGAGGAGUGCAUCCCAAACUUCACCUGGCAACCCGGCUUAUCGGACGCCUUCAACUACACACCCAAUGGCACCUGGGACGCGGAACCGGAGCCCAUGUCGCCCAUCAUCCCCAUUAUAGUCGCGGUGUACUCCGUGGUGUUUGUGGUGGGCUUGGCGGGCAAUUGUUUGGUGAUGUAUGUCAUUAUUAGAUACACCAAAAUGAAAACAGCCACCAACAUCUACAUCUUCAACCUGGCUGUGGCCGAUGCUCUGGUCACCACCACCAUGCCCUUCCAGAGCACAGACUACCUGCUCAGCUCCUGGCCGUUUGGCGAGGUGGCGUGCAAAGUCUUCAUCUCCAUCGAUUACUACAACAUGUUCACCAGCAUCUUCACGUUGACCAUGAUGAGUGUGGACCGCUACGUGGCCGUGUGCCACCCCAUCAAGGCCCUGGAUUUCCGUACGCCCGUCAAGGCCAAGAUCAUCAAUGUGAUCAUCUGGCUGUUGUCGUCUGGUGCUGGGAUCCCUGCCAUGAUACUCGGAGGCACGAAGACAAAUAACGGGACUACAGAGUGUGCCCUACAGUUCCCUGAACCCUACAUCUACUGGGACACCCUGAUGAAGAUCUGUGUCUUCAUCUUCGCCUUUGUGGCACCUGUCAUCAUCAUCACCGUCUGCUACACGCUGAUGGUCAUGCGGCUGAAGAGCGUGCGCCUCCUGUCCGGCUCCCGCGAGAAGGACCGCAACCUGCGUCGGAUCACACGCCUGGUGUUGGUUGUGGUCGCUGUCUUCGUGGUGUGCUGGACGCCCAUCCACAUCUUCAUCUUAGUCAAGGCGCUAUCAGGCAACGUGCCCGAGACCACCGCUGUCAUGGCCGCUUACUUCUUCUGCGUGGCGCUGGGUUACACCAACAGCAGCCUCAACCCCAUCCUCUAUGCCUUCCUGGACGAGAACUUCAAGAGGUGUUUCAGGGACUUUUGCUGCCCCGGAGCCAAAGGACACAGAGACUCUCAGGGGGUGAGCCGGGUGAGGAGCACCCUGCGGGACCACUCGUGUCCCACAGAAGGCCGGGGAGGUAUGAGGCAGGCCAGGCCUGUAUGACUAGCCAUGGACAUGUCCUCCACGCCCUAUCAGGGUUGGGAGAACUCAAAUGACCUGGGAUUGACUCAAAUCACCACUGCCAUCUGAGGAAAAUGCUAAAGACAGCGGUAGUUGUUAUUUAUACAAAAACAUGUUAUAUUAUAUUCUACAUACAUUCUACAUGUUUAUUACUGCCAACAAAUCCCAUCAAAAGACACCAUCAAAGGAUUGAUCCAAGAUGUUACUACCUAAUUGUUGUCCAAAAACUCUUACAAACAUUUAUGAGCCACACAGAUGAACUGAAACAUACAUGUCCCUUUAUUAUUAUGAACAUUUAUUUUGAGUUAUUCCACAUAAACCAUCCUGAUACUGGAAAUACUCACUAGACCAACAAAUGUAUAUCCAUCCUCUGCUGAAAAUAGUCCCAAACAAAUACACAAUUUCCUCUUGUCUGAGUAAUAUUUGCAGAAAUCUACAGAGUGCUGUCUGAAAAUGACUUUGUGGGAUUUGCUGACAUUUAGAAACAUCCAGAAUAACAGUGGACUUAUCCCUUAAUGAAGUUUAGAUUGAACGUCUACGAGACAGUGAUUGUCUACAUGCAGAGAUGCCUCCAGGAUCACAGCCCAGCUGGAUAUUAAAUCACUGUAUAGUAUUUUGUAAUGUAUCAAAUCCCCUAAAAUUGAAGUAUUAAAAUUAUUAUAACAUUAUUUUUCACAUUGUUGAUAUAAAGAAAAAGACGAGAUGUCCAGACAAGACAAACCAGAAGUAUUUUAUUAUGUAGCUUAAUCACAUUUUAUUUACCUGUAAAUUGUAUAGGCUUUCACUUAAAUUUGA